AUGGAAAUUUUUGAGAACCCUGUCCUACAGGAAAAUUUACGAAAUCUUCUAGAAUUCAGUCAAUCCAUUUAUUGGUUGGUACAUAAUCGAGGGCAAAUCGGCUUUCGGCACUUAUGCAUGCUUCUCCUUGUGCUUGUCUACACGUUACUAGGAGGAGUUAUGUUUUUCAGCAUUGAGACCAGAUAUGAUAGCAAAACCAUUUCUGCUAGGUUAGAAAUUUCUCAACAUAACAUUCAUACUUCCACUCCCGAAUUUCAUUUAAUGUCGUCAAUGAUGACCAAUUCAGCCUAUGUUUCGUUACUAAAGAACGAGUCACUCUACGCCAUUAGUACCUACUACAAAUCAUUGGAUCCUGCAAAUCUCAAAUGGACCUAUGGCAGCGCAAUUUUUUUCUCAAUGAAUCUGUACACUACUACUGGAUACGGUUCAAUAGCACCCGAGUCAAUGCUAGGGCAAUUCUGUGCUAUCUGGUAUUCAGUAUUAACAAUUCCCGUCACAUUAGUUGUGGUUCGUGACCUUGGCCAAUGGUUGCUUGUUCACCUCACAAAGAUCUACGUGCAUGCUCUAGUCUACCACAGGAGAACCAUGGGCUAUAUUGAGCAGCCUGAAGAUACUAUGAUAUCCUUGCCAAUAAAAUUCUGUAUCUCAUUGUUGGCCGGCUAUCUGUUGGUUUCUUCUGUCUUCGUUUACCUGCUCGACGAUUGGUACGGUGAUACUCCACACACGGGCGUGUCGUUCUUCAUUGCUUUUUAUUUUUCAUACAUUUCUCUGAGCACUAUUGGAUUGGGUGACAUCAUGCCAAAUAACGCAACGCUAAGAAGUUUGCUUAUAGACCAUCUGGUCAUUCAGUUCCAUCCUGCCAUCUCAACACUGUUCUUUUUUGGCUCGCCGGUAAUGAAGGUCGUUAAUCGAGUAACGUACAUCUUCAUUGAAAACGGCAUAUUCGGUACGUUCCAAAUGACUAGCGGUGGCCUACCGAUGUAUCGAGCCAGUGCUGCUAUCCUCCCAGACAAGCCUGGUACCGAUUUAGUCCAUGUGUUUAAGAACGAGGCUACUGUGAUGCUCAAUGGGCUCACAAUACGUUCACUGGCCACAUUUGCACGUGCGAAUGCCGACGUGUACGGUGGUGGUUUCGGACGAGUGAAUCUGCGUAAAGGAGAUCUCGUCCAGUCAAAGACGAGUGUCAACAACAAUCAAGCAUCACCGUGA